CCUGCGACUCAGCGGGGGAAGGUAACGGCCGCUGCUGUUCUCGCUCCGCCCCGGAAGGGCAGUGCCGGGCGGGAAGCUGAGCCGAACGGAGCGGGCAGGAUGGCGGCGCCGGGGCUGACCGAGGCGGCUGCUCAGUGGCUGCGCUGGGACAAGAAUACUAAAACCUCAGAAAUAGUGAAGCAACUGGUUGCUGAAAAAAAUGCAGGAGAACUACAAAAAUGUUUUAGUUCACGGAUGGAGUUUGGGACAGCAGGACUCAGAGCACCCAUGGGGGCAGGAAUUUCUCAGAUGAAUGACUUGACUAUUAUCCAGACAACUCAGGGAUUUUGCAGGUACCUUGAAAAGAACUUCAGUGACCUAAAGAAAAGAGGGGUAGUUAUUGGUUUUGAUGCUCGCGCCCAUCCUUCAAGUGGAAGUAGCAGCAAGAGGUUUGCAAGGCUUGCUGCAACAACUUUAAUCAGUCAGGGAAUUCCAGUGUACCUCUUCUCCAAUAUAACACCAACACCUUUUGUGCCCUACACAAUAACUCAUCUGAAACUUUCUGCUGGAAUUAUGAUUACUGCUUCCCAUAACCCAAAACAAGAUAAUGGUUACAAGGUUUAUUGGGAAAAUGGUGCACAGAUAACCUCACCUCAUGACAAAGGAAUCUCUCAAGCUAUCGAAGAGAACCAAGAGCCAUGGCCUCAGGCUUGGGAUGACAGUCUGGUUGACAGCAGCUUGCUACUUCAUGAUCCUUAUGUCACUAUCAAUAAGGACUACUUUAAAGACAUACAAAAGCACUGCUUUCACAGGAAUAUAAACAAGGAAACAAAGCUAAAGUUCAUCCACACUUCUGUGCAUGGUGUAGGCCAUGAAUUUGUGCAGUCAGCCUUUAAGGCAUUUGACUUUAAACCUCCAUUGGCUGUUCCUGAACAGAAGGAUCCUGAUCCAGAAUUUCCAACAGUAAAGUACCCAAAUCCUGAAGAGGGUAAAGGUGUACUGACGUUAUCUUUUGCUUUGGCUGAAAAAGAAGGGGCUGGAAUUAUUUUAGCAAAUGACCCAGAUGCUGAUCGACUUCUUGUUGCAGAGAAACAAGAAAGUGGUGAGUGGAAAGUGUUUUCUGGCAAUGAGCUGGGAGCUCUUUUAGGCUGGUGGAUCUUCACUUGCUGGAAAAAUCAGAAUCAAGACCCUACUGCCAUCAAAGAUGUGUACAUGUUAUCCAGCACUGUCUCUUCCAAAAUCUUGAGAGCAAUUGCACUGAAGGAAGGCUUUCACUUUGAGGAGACAUUGACCGGUUUCAAGUGGAUGGGAAAUCGAGCCAAGCAGCUCACGGACCAGGGGAAAACUGUCUUAUUUGCAUUUGAAGAAGCUAUAGGAUAUAUGUGCAGCCCUGUUGUCCUGGACAAAGAUGGCGUCAGUGCUGCUGUUAUAACUGCAGAGAUGUCUAGUUGGCUAGCAACCAAAAUUUUGUCUUUGUCUCAGCAGCUGAAAGCUAUCUAUGAUGAGUAUGGCUACCACAUUACUAAAGCUUCAUAUUUUAUCUGCCAUGAUCCUAAGACUAUUAAAGAGUUAUUUGAGAAACUUAGAAAUUACGAUGGAAAGAACACUUACCCAAAAUCAUGUGGCAAAUUUAAAGUUUCUGGAGUAAGGGAUCUAACUACUGGCUACGAUAGCAGCCAGCCUGAUCAAAAGGCGGUGCUUCCUACCAGUAAAAGUAGCCAGAUGAUAACAUUUACUUUUGCUAAUGGAGGGGUGGCUACUAUGAGGACCAGUGGGACAGAACCAAAAAUCAAAUACUAUGCUGAACUCUGCGCACCUCCUGGAAACAGUGACCCUGAGCAACUGAAGAAGGAAUUAGAUGAGCUGGUCAGUGCUAUCGAAGAGUAUUUCUUUCAACCAGAAAAAAAUAAACUGCAGCCCAAGGCAGAGUAAACAAUUAAGAUGGUUUCCUUGAUUGCACUGUCUUUGCAGCAUGUUAUGGGCAAAACCCUACACUAUUUAAAAAGUAGGGAUUUUUAAGGACCAAAAAAAAAAAAAUUAUUAAAAUAUAUGUCCUUACCAAUAUGUGUUCCACAUCCUCUUUGGUCUAAUGUCUUCUUUUAUCUGGGUAAAUCAAGGGAUUCCUUAUAAAAACUAGCAACCAAAUAUUGUCUGAUACAAUGCAAAUAUGUUUCAAUAAUCAAGUCUUGUUCUAAUAAAAUAUUGUAUUGUACUUGCCUUGCCUUAAUUUCUGUAAAUGCAGUCUGCUUUUUACAUGUAUGUAGCCUAAUUUGAUAGCAAUGUAACGACCACGUUUUUGAUGAUGGGGAACUGGAUAGUGCUGCAUGAAUAUGUCUAGUUUUAUCUUUGCAAGGCAGGCUAGUUGUGUAACUAAGGGGCACUGGAAAUCUGUAGGUAAUUUUGGUAAAAUCAGGGUAGAUGUCCCUAGAAGAGCAGGUUUCCAAAAGUGAUUUUUAGCCACAAUAGCAGGAUUUUACUGGGGUUGAUGGUGAAUUUGUAGGUGUUGAUAAAGUGCUUGACCACCACACUUUCAUUAAUAAUGAACCAUGUAGACAUGUUUUACUGCUAUAAGACAAUAAUAAUAUGGUACAGGAGUAAGGUUAUAUACGAUACCAGUGUAUGGGAAGCCAUGUGAUGCAGUGAUGUUACAUUUACCUUACACAGAAGGAGUGCUCCCCAAGUUACACAUUUCAGCUGGUAUUAUUUAUACAUAAUACAAGUUGUAUAUCUCUUUACAUGUCACUAAAAUCCAACCCAUCAGUUUGUCCCAGCUUCCUAACUUCUUGUUCUGUUAUUUUAGAUACUAGCAUUCUAGGUACUGGUCCAUGAAGAUGCCUCCCCUAGCUUAAACUAAGACAUACAUUCAUUCUAUCUUGAUUUUAACAAGUUUCUUAUGUGCUUAUACCAAAUGUUUACAUCAGCAAAUGGAAGAAGUUAUGGGAUUAUGGUGUAGGCUAGUUUUAGGCUACAUCACUAUUACAAUAUUUGUGCUUAAUGUUGUUGGUGUUUAAUGCAUACUAAUAUAUAUAUAAAAAUAUGGAGCAGAUAAUAUGUAUUACUACAUAUAUGCUAGGCAGCAUAAAUUAGUCAAUGAAGCAGAGCCAGAAUGGACAUUGGUUGUCUAUUGCCAGGGUGUCUACGGAAAUGCAGCAUCUUGGGUUGGAGUUGAGCAUGCCAGCCCUGUGUCUUUCUGCCCCAGCAUGAUAUUAAGUGUCUUUAGAGAGACUGGCUUCUUGGUACAUAUUUAUAUAGUGCCUCAUAUGAUGCAGCCCUGAUCUUUGAUUGGGCCCAUAAUUACUUAUUAAAUACUACUAAUGAUAACGAGUGGAAGGGGUUUGCUAUUGACUUCAGUGAGACUUAGGAUGUUACACUUUGUACAGAAAUCCCAUGCAUAUGGCUUUUCGUUGUCCCUGUAGUUAUCUUCUGAAAAUGAAAUGCAAGGACAACUCUAAAUAACUUAUUAAAAACCAGGGGAGGACACACUGCAGUCUGGAAUUAUGACUAUAUUUCACUGAGGACUUAUAUAAUGUGUGUUUAUUGUAAAUGUCAUAUUAAUGUUGGGGAUUGUACAACAUGCAGCCAGUGUUGGUCAAAAUGUUAGUCUGUAACUCAACAUUCUUGUGUAUGUUUGUUUUAUUGUGCUAAAAUGUAUUUGGCAUAGUGUAAACCUGAAUUGAAUCUUGAAAACAAAAUAUAAUUCCUUUUAAAGUGAGAUUCCUGUAUUCCAAUGGUUUCCUUUGUAAACAAGUGGUAAAAUGGAAAAAACAGGGUACUGUAAAAUAAAUACUACUGAUCUCACUCCAUA